AUGCCCUCGAGAGAAUCCGAAACACCGACCGCUAUCGAUAAAAAGCCCACGUUGAGCCAGGAGGACAAGGACGACAAGGACAAAGAAGAGGUAGCGCGACUGAAGAGGCGGAUUACCGGUGAGUUUGAUGGCCGCUAUGUCGAACUGGUAUUGAUGUGCACGUCGGUAGAUCUUCUCCGCACACUUUCGUUCGACGGAAGUGAAGAGUCCUCGUGCCUUCAGGGAUACGAGAUUGUCGACGAGAAAAACGGUGACCUGAACAUCACUAAAGUCUACUUCAUGGGGACGAAGGAGGUACGCUUCCCAGGUUCAGCUGAGCCGGACGUAGUGAACGCCCAUGUAAAGCUAUUGAAGCAGAUCGAAGCCGAGAAGUCUUCCAAACAGUAA